AAUAAUAUAAUAUAAUAUAAUAUAAUAAUAAAAUAUACUUAAAUAUUAUUUAUAUACAUCUAGAUAUUAUUUUACAUUUUAUAUUACAAUAGUAAAGACAAUUAGCUUUAACCGAUCAUGAGUAAGAAACAAUAUGGAACCAGAUACAUUACGAUCAUAAGGUAUUAAGCAAAGAAACAUUAGCGGACGAAAACAAAAGAAACGUUUCGUAUUUUUCUUUAUAUAUCAUAUUAGAUAGACGAUCAUUUGUCAAAAUUAUCAAGGGCACGAUUUGUUGAGAAUUCGUGCUCCAAACCGUCACGUAAAAAGAUACAUUUUUCCUUCUUUUGUUAUCAUAAGUUACCAUCAUCAUAUGUGUCAUGAUGUAUACAAUAUAAGUAUAUUCUUCUGUUUCUUCUUAUUACUGUUUUUAUUACUAUAUUAUUAUAUUACAUUUUAAUAUUAGUAGAAAUAGUAAUAAUAUGAAGUGAAGUCCUACAAAGGAAACCAUAAAAAAUAGCACCGGGAGAAAAAUCUCGUAGAUAAUGUGGAAACAAAUUCAUCUUGAUCUUUAUUAAAAAUAAUAUAUGAUAUAUAUGUCCAUUAAUUAUUAAUUUUUGAAAAAUAAUCGAUAAAUGUAUAUACUUUAUAUGCAUUUGUCAUCGAAUAAAAUUAUACUGCUCCUGUGUCUUAUCUAGCACAUAUCACCACAAAAUUCACAUCAGCCAUCAUUAGAGAAAAUAAAUAUAAGAAAUUGGAUAGUAAUAUCUUACUAAAUUAUCAAAUAAGGAAAAAGAGUAAAUUAAUUCAUUAUUUUCAUUUACAUUGAUACAAUAAAAAAAAAACUACCGAAAUUAUUUAUCUUGAACCUACAAUUGCUGGAAUUACGAAUCCAGAUACUUGUUAAUGAACUAUACAUUAUUUGUAGUCUUUAUCUUAUUAGUCAAUAAAAUCUAAAACUACAAAUUUUUCCAAAAUUUAACAUUAAUUUAGAAAUUCCCUUUAAAUGCCUUGUCAUAAACGUAUUUUCUUAUUUUUGCCAUAGAAUCAUAUGGCCAAAGUUUAUUAAAAUGAUGGAGUGAGUUACCAUAGCUUCUUCGUAUGAAUAUUGUGAAAUUCAUUUUUUUGGGUUUGGUUAAAGUGUUAACACUUUACUAACCGCUAGCGGUUCAACAGCAUACGCAUGUCCGACCGGCCGCUCAGCCGUAGAUUCUCCCUGGCGCCGGCUGUUUUUCGGUCUAGAUCAUCGCACGGGAGUAUCUGUGCGUUUCGUAUGCCCAGAUAGAAUUGUCCGCUUUCUGUUAUUAUAGGAUAUAUUAUAGGAUAAUUAGAUUUAAUAAAAUGUUUUAUUUUCAAGAUGAUAUCGAAGAUAUCGUAACAAAAAGCCGAUUAAUAGGCUAUCGGUCGGUAAGCAUCGGCAACAAAAAGCCGAUUAAUAGGUUAUCUGUCGGUAAAGUGUUAAAAAAAUCUGAGCUUUAGCUAUUUACAUAACACCAAGCAACAAUCGCUAUUUCACGUACAUAAAACAUACACCAUUAAAGAGUGAUAUGAAAAUCAGAAGUAAGGGUAGAGUAGGAGCUUCAUCUUUUUUGCCGCAAAUUUCGGGGGAUGCCACAAUACUAAACGUUUUCUUCGCGAAAAAUGUCGAAAACAGCGUUUGCGCCAUCAGGAUGAACACAAAGAUAUCAGAAAGUAUCAGGAACUUUACAGGUAAAUAUCACUUGUUGAAGUGUUACAAAACUGCAUAAAGUGCAUUGUUCAGUGUAUAUAGAGAAAUCUUUAAAAUAUAAAAUAUUUACUAUUUAUAUUUUAUAACUUUCAUAUAAUCCUUGUGUGUGGAGCUAUUGCAAUUAAUAAGAGAUAAUUAUAAUCAAUAUUGUGGUACACUGCUUAUACCUGGAUUUAUGUUUACACCAAGAAUAAAAACAUUAAUACAAUGAUGCAAUAGUAAACACUAUACUACUACUCUUUACUUAAAAAUUUGCCUUCCGACAAAAAUAUAAAUUACUCAUACACUUAUUGUAAUAAUAAUAAUAAUCAUAAUGGAGGUUAAUUAUAUAUUAGAAGAAAAAAAGAAAUAUUUUGUUAAUGAUAGAGUAUUAAAUGUUAUAAACAAAAAAUUUGUGUCUUUGGCAAACUAUGAAAAAAAAGUAACUAACGAAUAUUUACACCAGGUCAUUGAUGGAAUACUUGAAAAAAUGAAAGAAAAUUCUUUUUUCAAGGAAGUAUUUAAAAAAAUAUUAUUUGUUGGUAGUUACUAUAAAGGUACAAAAGUUGGUGUACCUGAAGAAUUUGAUAUAAAUAUAAUAAUUAAACUACCCAUUAAUUAUGAGUUUGUGGAAAUAGAACUAUGUGAACAUCCAGGUUUUAUUAAAAUAUAUUCUGGCUUAAAACGAAAUGAGUUAACUUGUGAUAGAGAAUUAAAGAGUUUACUUGAUCAGGAUAUGUAUAUUGAUCAAAAAAAAUUCCGUAGUUGGAUGGAAGGCAUUUUAAAUAAAACUAUACAAAAAUUACCACUGAUAAAAAAUAAAUAUUCAUUAAACAUACAAAAUACUACAUAUAUGAUAAGAAUAACCAAGAGUGGCCCAGCAUUUACAUUUGAAGUAGAACUUCCAAAUGGCAAAACAAUAAACGUUGAUUUAGUACCAGUGCUAGAAUUUUCAAAAAAUAUACCAUUCAUAAAUUAUAAUUUGAAACAAAAUUGGCUUGCUGUACCAAAAUGUUUUCAGACAAAUUUUGAAAUAAGACAUACCUGUUGGAGAGUAUGUUUUUAUGAACAAGAAAAAGAAAUUCUAGCUAAAAAUGGACAAAUUAAACCAAUAAUAAGAUUGAUGAAAAAAUUAAGAGAUACCGAAAAUUGGAAAAGUAUUGCUAGUUACUAUAUAGAAACAAUAGCUUUAAAACAAUUGCUGUAUAACAAAAAUUUUGGAAGUGUAUCGCAUACACUUUCGUUUAUGGAGAUGUUAACAUACAUGCAUACAAUUCUAAAUAAUAAAUGCUUACCUUAUUAUUGGGACGAAAAACUUAAUCUAUUGUCCAAUCUCAAUCCUGAAGAAAUAACAAAUAUUUCAAAUCGAUUGGGAAAAAUCAUUAACAAAAUUUAUACAUCUAUAGAAAAUGAUCCAUAUAUCAUUGCUUUCUAUAUCUUAAAUCCAGAAGAAUACAAAGAAUUAGUUUUCGAGCUAAAUAAGGAACCCUUAGAAACAAAGGACGAUGAGAAGGUUUGGUGCAUGAUACUUUAAUGAUUAUAUUUAAUAUGAAGUUUCUCUCAUAAAACGAGUUUUUAAAAAAUUAUAAGUUUCAUCUAUAUACACAUUAUAUAAUAUUAUAAUUAUUUUAUAUAAAAGAAGUUAUA